AUGUCUAGAGCACAGUUUCUCCGCGAAUACAAGCUUGUCGUUGUCGGUGGAGGAGGUGUCGGAAAGUCGGCUUUGACCAUCCAGUUUAUUCAGAGCCACUUUGUCGAUGAAUAUGACCCUACGAUCGAAGACUUCUAUCGUAAACAGUGUGUCAUAGAUGAAGAGGUCGCCUUGCUCGAUGUGCUUGACACUGCAGGCCAGGAGGAGUAUAGCGCUAUGCGCGAACAAUAUAUGAGGACUGGCGAGGGCUUCCUCCUGGUGUAUUCUAUCACUUCGCGGAACUCUUUCGAGGAAAUCAACCUUUUCUAUCAACAAAUUCUCCGCGUCAAGGAUGUCGAUAGGUUCCCCAUGGUCGUCGUAGCCAACAAGUGUGACUUGGAGUAUGAGAGACAAGUUGGGAUGAAUGAGGGUCGUGACCUUGCCAAGCUGUUCAGCUGUAAACAUGUCGAGACCUCGGCCAAGCAGCGGAUCAAUGUAGACGAGGCCUUUUAUGCGCUUGUUCGCGAGAUAAGGAACUAUAACAAGGACCAAUAUCGGCCGGGCCAAGCGAAUGCCGCUCCAGUUCCCUCAGGGCCAGAUCCUCAAGCGUCGAAGUCCCAGAUGGAGGAAGAGUCUCACAGCUCGGGCUGCUGCGGUGGAUGCGUUGUUGUUUAA